GUGAUAUCCUCUUGUCUGUUAGCAUCUAUCUUUUUGGUGGUUUCUCUUUCCAUUGUUCCCGCCUCUCCCGCUUUCGGCUGUACCAUAUAAUCUUUGCCCGUCGCAUCCAACUAUUAUCUUGUAUCCGUCCUAGGGCUACUACCGGCCGUCGCCACAACCACGAUGGUCAAGUUCUUUCAGCCACAGCCAAAGAUCGAUCCCUUGCCUACAGGAAUUGACCUGACUGGCAAGACCGCGGUCAUCACUGGUGCUAGUGCAGGUAUGGGUCUUGAAGUCACCAAGCAGCUUUUGCGCUUGCGCCUCUCCACCGCCAUCCUCGCCGUGCGCAAUGUCUCCAAAGGCGAAGCUUGCAUCGAAUCGCUGCUGCAAGACCGCAGCAUUCAAGCCCACAACCCAAAGCCCACCAUGAAGGUCAUGGAGCUUGACAUGGAUCGCUAUGAUAGCGUGCAGCAAUUCGCAAAAACUCUCCGCGAAGAGGUUCCGGUGGUUGAUCUCCUCAUCCUUAAUGCGGGAGUUGCUUCUUUAAACUUCGAACGUAGCCCAAGUGGCCACGAGAGGGUGACCCAAGUGAACUACUGCUCCAACGCGCUGCUGGUUGCCGAGCUUCUUCCUCACCUGGAAGCUGGUGCGGAGCAGACCGGCUCCCCUGCCCGGAUCAGCUGGGUAGGCAGUCGCUCGCACGAGUCACCCAGUUUCGAGAAAAAGGCCCCCAUUGAAGCCGACGAGGGGGUUUUGGAGCAUAUGGACAAGGAGGAAGCCUUUGCUCCUUUUCAACGGUAUAAUGACACCAAGUUACUCUGUGUGCUGUUCAUGUACAGCUUGGCUCCGCGCCUGGACCCCAAAAAGGUCAUCAUUAAUAUGAUGUGUCCGGCUAUGGUAAACACUGGGAUGAGCAACAUGCUUCCACUGCACCUGCGCUUGUUUUUCAACGUCAUCAAGGCUAUUCGCGCCCGACCCGUUGAGGUAGGGGGUUGGGUUAUCCUGAACGCUGCGAUCGUAGCAGGCCCAGAGUCCCAUGGGAAGUUUUUAGCGGAUAAGGUUAUCACCGAUAAACCUGCAAUCGUUACCUCUCCAAUGGGUCAGGAGAUUCGGACCAAGCUUUGGGAAGAAACAGUCACCGAACUGAGCAAGUUGACCACUCUUCCUCCCCAGUUUCACUAGACUGA